AUGGGCGAGCUCCCGUUCUUCAGGGCGCGCACGGCCUUGCACCCGGACCACCUGUGGAUCUGGGAAAGGUCCGUGUACGUGGACGAGAACCAGCGUACCUGGCUGCCCAUAAUCAUCGAGAUGGAGAGUAGCCUCCAAGUACUCAUGCGGCAGGAAGAUGUGCUCCUGGGGGAGGCUGUGUGCCCCGGCCUGCUGGCCCCCGGCCUGCUGCCCUCCAUGUGGCAGCUCUACCCUGGAAGACGAUACCGAGGCUCAGACUCCAGUUUCUGGCGCAUCGUGUACCACAUCGAGUUCAGUGGCACGGAGGAGAUGCUCCUUGAGCAGCUGCCGGACCCGGAGUAUGAGUGA